AAUGAAGUCAUCAGCGACAAAGAAAAAGACAGCUAAACGAAUACUUUGACGCCUUCUCACCAAAUUAACAAACCCCCGUCCAUUAUUGGUUUAAUUUGUUAAUUCAGUCCUUGGGGUUGGAGUCUUCAUCCUCACCUUAACCCCUUUUUCUCCCUUUCUUAUCUCUUUAUUACCUUAUCUUUUCCCAUCCGGUGGUGGGCGGAGAGCGGCGGCGGUCUGCCUGAGGCUGCGAUCAGGGAAUCGGCGAUGAAGAAUCCGGAUCUGAGCAUCGGCAUGAACGGCGAGGGGGAGGAGAGCGAGGGGGCGGUGGAGGCGCCGGCGCGGCGUGCGAGGGGGAGGCCGGCGGGGUCGAAGAACAAGCCGAAGCCGCCGAUCUUCGUGACGCGCGACAGCCCCAACGCACUGCGGAGCCACGUGCUCGAGGUGGUCAGCGGCUCCGACGUGGUGGACUCAAUCGCCCAGUUCGCCCGGCGCAGGCAGCGCGGCGUCUGCGUGCUCAGUGCGAAUGGAACAGUGGCCGACGUCACCCUCAGGCAGCCCUCCGCCGUCGCGCUGCCCGGCCGCUUCGAGAUACUGUCCCUCACCGGGUCGUUCCUGCCCGGGCCCUCGCCGCCGGGGUCCACGGGGCUGACCGUGUACCUGGCUGGCAGGCAGGGGCAGGUGUUGGGGGGCAGCGUGCUCGGGGCCUUGGUGGCCGCGGGGCCGGUCAUGGUGAUCGCCUCCACCUUCUCGAACGCGGUGUACGAGAGGCUGCCGCUCCAGGAGGACGAGGAGGAAGCUGCGGAGGAGCAAGGUGGGUAUAAUGAUAUGACGGCGGGCUUGCUUCAUAAUGGUGGACAAAUGAGCAAUGAAAACUAUGCUAAUUGGAAUCCAUACUAGGUGAUUAAUUGUUCAUAACUACUCCAUUGUAUAAUUUGCAAUCCAUACUGUGCUAUAUUGAUUGCAUUGCACUGUUUUUAUACACCAUGUCAUGUGUUAUGAUUUGAUAAAUUGGAGGGGAAUUAUGUAUCAUAGCUAUUUAGGUGAUUGAGGUUUGUAUGUGAAUAAUUUGUCAUUUAAUACAUCGUUAUCGAUAAAUCAAGAAA